AUGUAUUUUGGUGGUGAAAGUGAUGGAAAUUGCAUUAAACCACUGCCACGCGAUGUGGUUGAAAAGAUCGCUGCGGGGGAAGUGAUACUAAACCCAGCUGGUGCACUAAAGGAACUGCUAGAAAACUCAAUAGACGCACACAGUACUGUGAUAAAUAUUCAAAUUUCUCACAGCGGAUUUGAGUAUCUAAGGAUUUCUGACAAUGGCUUUGGGAUGUGUAAGGAAGAUUUGCUGCUUGCUUGCAAACGCUACACCAGUUCCAAGAAUCCUGGCUCUCUCAUCGGUAUAUCAACCUUCGGUUUCAGAGGUGAAGGACUAGCAGCUCUUUCACAAUCUGCAUUGGUCACAAUUACUUCAAAGAAGGUCACUAGCCCAAAAGGUUUAAGGGUUAAGUACCUAAAUGGCGAACAGACCAGCAUAGAAGAAGUUGAUUGUGAUGUAGGUACCAUAGUAGAGUAUGAAAACCUAUUUUAUAACAACCAAGUUAGACUUAAAACCUUAAUGAAACAGGGUAGCUUGCACUAUUUGAAAUGUCUGGAGUUGGUUCAACACUAUGCCAUUCAAUUCACUAAUAUUUCGUUUUCAAUGUAUAGAUUAACACCAAAAAGCAAUACAUCCCGACUUUUGUCCAUUAAAACGCUGGUGGAAAUGGAUUUGAGCGAUAUGGUCAACUGUAAUUUUAACACUGAUAACCAGAACGCCCAUUUGAAUGUGAUUAAACAGGUAUAUGGUGAUAAAAACACUAAACAUUUAAUUUCAUUUAACAGUUCAUUGAAUAAAGACGUUAUAUAUCAGUGCAUUGGAUUGAUUAGCGGCUCUGCCUAUUCUGGAUGUAAUAUUACAAUCACUUUUGUCAAUAACCGCUUAGUUGACUUGCCAAAUUUGCGUACCAUGAUUGAUAACAUUUAUUUGAAUAUUGUGGGCCCAGGGCACUUGAAAUUUGUAUACUUGUCAAUAAAAAUCCCUCUGCAAAAAGUGGAUGUAAAUAUACAUCCCACCAAAAAACUGGUCUCUUUCAUCUGCCAAGAAGAAAUCGAAUCGCAUAUUGCUGAAGUAUUUCGGGAGGUGCUUGAAAAUUCAGUAUAUAUAGUUGAUAAUUCGGUAAUAAAUCAUGCAAAAUCUGGAAAACUAUGCAGUAAUGACACCAAAGUUGAACCCACUCGCUCCAGAACUGAUUUUCACCAAUCAUCCAUUAAAACAUUUUUACCACUACAGACCACCCAAUUUACAAGCAGUAACAGCCAUAUGAAACAAUUUAUAAAACAAAACGCCAGUUCAUCAUUAGAUGUUUUCAAGUGCCAAACGCAGGAUAUCUGCCAUCAAAGCCAAUUUUGCAUUGAAAAUACCAGCGAGACAACUGAAAUUUCUGACAAAUUAGAUGUGAUGCAUUUGAUUAAAAAAUCUGUAUUCGUAGGACCGGUGGAUGAAAAAUGGAUCUUAUUGCAGUAUCACAAGAAACUAAUACUUGUUGACAUCCAGGAACUUGUUAGGCGAUAUAUUUACGAUUACCUAGCGUCGAAUCGUGGGCGAUAUAGACGAGUUGCAUUUGAACCUAAAUUGGAAAUUUCAGAGUUAACAAGCUACCAUGAUGAAAUUUCUAGUCUUGAUAAAAUCGUAGUCGAUCCUGAAUACAUGAUUUCACUUGAUAAUUUUGGAAUUGGUAUUGAAGUAAUUGACGGAGUCGCAUACCUUGCUAAUUUCCCCUGUAUAAUAGACAACCACUACCCAGAUAUACCAAUACUCGCAAAGUGUAUUACAGAAAUAUUAGCCAUCCGACGUAUGAAUGCCAAUGUAAAAACGAGUGCCAUAGCCAAGAUAAUGUCAGAAUCUAUGAGCAUGGUACCAGAAGGAUCCAUUACAAGUGAAUACCUAGAACACAUUUUUUACAAUGGGUUAAAGAGAUCCAAUAAACACUUUAGCUCCAAUGAAGCCAGAGUAUUAUUUAGUUCUAGAGAUUUUGUAAUUGAAUUGGCAUCGUUGGAUAAAUUAUAUAGGCUAUUUGAAAGAUGUUAA